UUCCAAAGGCCUUUUAGACUGGAGAGGGACAAGAAGCUCUCACACCCUUCUAGUCAGUGAGGGGAGGAAAACUUCAAUUGAACGAAAAGGGAGCAGCAGUUCCCAAAGCUUGGAAAUGGAGGAGCAAGUCACAGCGACCUCUAAACUGUGGCUAGGAAUUGGAGGAACAGCAAAAGCCCCACAAGUUGUCCAUGUAAGAAGCAUUGGACAGUUACAGACACCAGGAACCCCCCAGCAAGUAAAAUGUGACCCAGGGGAGGGAUUGCAACAACGUUGGGAGGCCCAGUGGCAGGAGUUCCUGAGGACACUGCAGGCCCCUGGCUCAGAAUGGGGGAACACACCGCUGUCUGAAGAACCCCCACUGUGGGAGGAUGCGAAGGUUUUUCUGGCCUCCUUCGAGCAAGUUGCAUCAGCGUGCCGGUGGCCUCGUGACAAGUGGGUGACCUUCCUCUUGCCAGCCCUCAGUGGAGAAGCCAAGCAGGCCUUCAGUAGUCUCAGUUCUCAAGACAGAGAGGAUUAUGGGAAGGUGAAGAUGGCCAUCUUGCAAAGAGAGGCCAAUGUGAGGGAGAGGCAGCGCCAGCAUUUCAGGCAAUUCUGCUACCAAGAAAUGGAGGGGCCGAGAGCAGUUUAUGGCAGACUCCAGCAACUUUGCUGUCAAUGGCUGAAAACAGAAAGACAUUCAAAGGAGGAGAUCUUGGAGCUGCUGAUCCUAGAGCAAUUUCUGACAAUCCUGCCCCAGGAAAUGCAAAGCUGGGUCCGGGAACAUGGCCCUGAAUCCUGCAUGCAAGCAGUGGCCCUGGCAGAGGAUUUCCUGUCGAAGCAGCAGGAAGAGGUGGAGAAACAGGAGCAAAAGGAGCGAGGGUUGGCUGCUGAUGUGUUUGAAGGGCUGAAGACUCCACAAUAUGUGACUGAGACAGCCGUGGCUGACAACGCCCCUUUGGAUGGAAAUGUUGCUGGAGGAGAACUAUUUUAUGGCAAGCUGUUAGUUGUCCAAACUUUGCACGAUGCCCGACAAAUCUUCACUGACUUUCAUGGUAGCAGCCAUGGGGGUCACAGAGGCAUCGUCAAAACCAGAAUGGCAAUAAAGCAGCGAUAUUACUGGCCUGGAAUGACACGGGAUAUAGAAGCAUGGGUUCCAGUGCCAUUUGUGGAGGCCGCAGCAGAAUCUUCCGAAGCAGGCCAGGUUCUGCUGCUGGACGCUUGGACCCACAGGGAAGCCAAGCAGGAGUACAAUGAAGGGGUGACCUUGCAGGGUAAUGGGCUGGAGUGGGAGAAUGAGAAGGUUUGUCUGCAUCGGGAAGAUCUUGAACAAGCAGAACUACAUAUGGCAUCUUUGGGAAGAGAUGAAAAUGGCCAAAAUAGUAAGAAAGGAAUGACUGUGCGUGCGCAGGGAAACCAAUGUGAGAAGAAUGCGGAUGAUUCAAUUUUCUGUACAAAAGGUGGAAAAGAAGACAAAGUACAGCAAAUGGUCUCCUACUCUGAGGUCAAAAAUGCAUCUUCUGACAAUGGAAGAAAUUUUGGACAGAGCUCAGACCUUACAAAACAUGAGAAUGUUCAUGCUGGAGAGAAACCACAUAUAUCAUAUUGCGGGAACAGCUUUGAUCAUACACAGAACCACAUUAUGCAUGAGAGAACCCAUCCAGGAGAUAACAAUUUGCACAAAUGUGCCCACUGUGGCAAAAGCUUUAGCCGUGGCUCCAGCUUUAAGGAACAUCUGAGAACCCAUGCUGGUGAGGCCCUGUACCGAUGCUGUUAUUGUGGCAAAAACUUUGACCAAGGUUCCAUCUUCCGGGAACAUGUCAAGACCCAUACAGGUGAGAGACCAUACAGAUGCACAGAUUGUGGGAGAAGCUUCAACCGGAAAUGUUACCUGACAAUCCACGAGAGGAUGCACAGGGGAGAGAACCCAUACACAUGUGUCCACUGUGGGAAAAGCUUCCCAAAGGGGUCCAAGCUCGUCAUCCAUGAGCGCAUCCACACGGGUGAGAACCCGUACAUUUGCUCGGAAUGUGGGAAGAGCUUCAAUCAGAAAGGGAACCUCGUGACCCACAUGCGGAUCCACACAGGCGAGAAACCCUACAAGUGCACUCAUUGUGGGAAGAGAUUCAGUCAGAAGUCAGGCCUGAGUUCGCAUGAGAAAACUCACAUGGGAAUCAAAAGAACUGUUUAAUGCAGGCCUGGCAACCUUGCAGAGGGCACUUGGUUUGGACCUGGCUGGAAGAAGUACAAAAGAUAGCAAUAGGUGAGCUUUGGCGUGUUGUUGCUGGUUGGGUCUAGGCCAAGAGGCCCCAGCUUUUCCUAAUAGCCCAAUCUGCCCUGGCUUGGUGGGUGAUAACAGUCAGUCAAGAAAAGGUGAGAGAAUUGGGCCCCCAAAACUUUGGUUGUCUAACAGGUCCAUAGAUGGACAGGAACUCACGUGUACUAAAUUCUGGGCUCGAUCUCAUCAGAUCUUGGAAGCAAAGCUGAUUUGGCCUUGGUUAGUAAUUGGAUGGGAGACUUCCAAGGAAGACCAGGGUUGCUAUGCUGAGGCAGGCCAUGGCAAAUCACCUCCGAUCAUCUGUUGUCUUGAAAACCCCAGCAGGGGUCACCAUAAGUCAGCUCUGACUUGGCGGCACUUUCCACCACCAUAUUAUUUUUAAUCAAAGUCCUCCCUCCCCCUUUUAAUGAGAUUUGUAAAAUACAGCUUCAUAGUAAUUAGGUAUAUUGAAGUAUGUAUGUGUUUGUGUGACAAAUUACCUCUUUGCCAUACCAAAUUUAAGGUAAUUUAUCUGUUUUGCAUCUUAAUUUUACAAUUCUGUAGCAAACAGG